CACACUCCGUCUACGAGUUUAAGCAGUGAGUUCGUUGCAUUCGCACGCUAUCACACAAGCAUCGCACUAUGUACCCACAUCAUAUGUUAUUAGUUAUUCCAGCCGUCAGCACAACUAUAGCUUCGUCAAUCAACCUCAAAUCGCCACAUGCCGUAACUGCGCCUGAACAUAACCACCAUGUGCUUGAUGCAUUCCAGGCACAAGAAGAGCACAGUGCAGGCGAUAAGCCAUUUCUGAAACCCACAUGGCCGACCGAAUUCUACGCAGCAUUCACUGAGGACACUUGGUAUCAGAAUCAACAGCAGAGUGAGAGAGGGUGGAUGCUAUACUCGUACGCUCAUGGCACACAGGCCAUAUACCGACCAGUUAGUAAGUUCAAUCCCAUUUGUGACCGUGUGAAGCCUGGCGACGAGACUCCCUGCAUUCACCAUAGCACGGAUGGGGCGUCAAGGUUCCUAAUCUGGCCCAACACACGAGAGUGCUGCUUGUACUGCCAAGAAGGCUGUGGUACGCUAAACCCACAGUGGGUCACGGCUGCUCCCUUCCAUUACGCAGGGAUUAGGAACUACAACGGUGUUGCGUGUGAUGAGUGGGUGAUUGAGUCCAGUACACCUGAUCGUGUAGCUUUUAGUCAGAAGACGGGUGCAUUGUGUGAGCUGUAUGAUGGCGGGGCUAGUUUUACUGGAGACAACCCGUUCCAGAUUACCAUCGAUCCCAACACAUACACGAAAGAGAUUGAGCCGAAUAUGCUACAACUGCCGUCGUAUUGCUUCCCUGUGAAGAAGUGUGCUAGAAGAUAAAUAACUAAAGAUAGUAUACAUAUGGUA